AUGGCAAAAGAAGUGGAAUCUGCUUAUAAGGCUGCUCAGCCGAACACUGACGGGGCUUCACAUGAGAAUCCGGGUCUGGCCACAGCUGGAGGAGUACUGCGAGAUAGGAUGGGGCAAUGGUGCAGAGGUUUUGCUUUGAACAUAGGAAUUUGUUCUGCGCCUUUAGCGGAGUUAUGGGGAGUGUAUUACGGUCUCCAUAUUGCUUGGGAACAGAGAGUAACACGGCUUGAGCUGGAGGUUGAUUCGGAGUUAACGUCUGCGCUUGGGAUGAGCAUAACAUGCAUGCUUCUUGGGUUCUCCUUCACAUUACAGAAAAUGCAAUUGCUUUCGGAGUUAACUCCAGUAUUAUCGUUUAUAUGUGUUAUGCUUUAUAUUGCAACUUAUGCAAUAGGCUUGGGAGGCCUCCCGUGGGUAAUUAUGUCGGAGAUAUUUCCAAUAAAUAUAAAGGUAACAGCAGGGAGUAUAGUUACGUUGGUAUCAUUUUCAAGUAGUUCGAUGGUCACUUACGCUUUCAACUUUCUAUUCGAGUGGAGCACCCAAUGUACGUUUUACAUAUUCGGGAGUAUUGCGGGAGCAGCAUUACUUUUCAUUUGCUUAGUUGUUCCAGAAACGAAAGGAUUAUCACUUGAAGAAAUACAAGCUAAGCUUAUUCAUCAGCCUGACGAAAUAAAUCAAACUUAGAUUGAAAGUUUUAUUUAUAUAUUUUGAUAUAUUAAUUAUCAUAUUCAGAUUAUGGUGUUAAUAUUAUAUUUUCAUCUGCAAAGAAAAAUUUACUUUUCUUUUCAUUAUGUAAUUAGUAAUUACCAUCUUAGUUUACAUGGUGCUUACUCUCCUUUUUAUGUAUUUUCUGUCAUGUAAAACAUGGCCUAUUUACAUUGUAUUUAAUCUCUUAGGGGGUGUAUUGAAUAUGAAAUUUUUUGAGAUUUUGGAGUAUUCUUAAA